AUGGAGUCGAAUGCCAACCAAUGCCGAUGCCCGGAGAGAUACCCACAACCGUGGAAAGCUCCCCUCAUUAGCCUCAUUGGCCUCGCUUUUGUGGUUUUGGGUUUGAUAUUGGUGGUGCGGUUCCAUGGCCAGAGGGCCCUCGAGAACUACCAACGGAAUUACUUCGAACAGAAGGAUGAGGAGCUGGGGCUAAAGUCGUUGUGCCUGUCUCUAGCCCGAACGGCCCUCUCUCUUCAGCCAGGCACGGCCCAGUCCCCCGCGACAGGCGAGGUGGACGCGGGCGAGCAGGAAGCGGAAGAGAAGAAGCCUACCCCUCCCCGUCUUAUCGUCCCGUACGACAACUGCGCCAGUGACGAUCUUCCCCUAGUGCAAAACGCAGACUCUGAGUCAGUGGAGUUUGCCGUGCCACCGCAGAAAUGCCGCCCGGCUCCUCAGCCCGGAGAUGUCGGAACCAUUCCCGACAUCUUCCACGCCCUCAAAGACAAGGGCAGUGAUUAG